CAAGGACAUCAACCACCCGAGCCACUGCCUGUUCACCCCGCUAUCAUCCAGAAGGCGAGGGCCAGGAGUUGAUCUACACUGCCAUGCUGGCAAAGACCUUACCUCCAGUCUCACCUCUUGCCCGCUCACCAACGGUCGUCGACGGGGGGACCAGAUUUAGCACAUCACGUGUUAGACUCUAGAACUGGGGGUGGGCUUGCCCCACCGAUGUUCCACACAACCAUCUCCGGGGAACGGAUCACUGCUGCCAUCCAUCGAUGGAAAUCGGGGAAAAUUGUGAAUGCUGAGCAGGCUAGUGAGGUUGGGGCCCGCCCUCAGUCUCCGCUCUUUGGCUAAUGGAUGGAAUUGAGGUGAAUGGAGCCCAUUUCCAACGUUGAGGACCCCAACUCAUCAGAGCGAGAUGUGAAACGCUGGCCGAAUGGACCAAAAAGGAAGAGAAAGAACAGCACAUGUUCAUUGAAGAGCAUGUCUGCACUAAGCCUCUCUGUCCCAGGAUACAUCCCCAGCUACUUGGAGAAGGAUGAGCCAUGUGUGGUAUGUGGAGACAAGGCCACCGGCUACCAUUACCGCUGCAUCACAUGCGAGGGCUGCAAGGGUUUCUUCAGGCGAACUAUCCAGAAGAACCUUCACCCGGCUUACUCCUGUAAGUACGAUGGCUGCUGCAUCAUCGACAAGAUCACAAGGAACCAGUGCCAACUGUGUCGCUUCAGGAAGUGCAUCGCAGUUGGCAUGGCUAUGGACCUGGUGCUGGACGACUCUAAGCGGGUAGCCAAGCGGCGUCUGAUUGAGGAGAACCGGGAGAAGAGGAAGAAGGACGAGAUCGUGAAGACUCUACAGACCCGUCCGGAGCCCGACAGCUCGGAGUGGGAGCUGAUCCGCCAUGUGACAGAGGCCCACCACCACACCAACGCGCAGGGCUCCCACUGGAAACAGAAACGCAAGUUCCUGCCUGAGGACAUAGGUCAGUCCCCCGGGGCUCCCACCCCAGACGGAGACAAGGUAGACCUGGAGGCCUUCAGCGAGUUCACCAAGAUCAUCACCCCCGCCAUCACACGCGUCGUCGACUUUGCCAAAAAACUAACCAUGUUCUCAGAGCUGCCUUGUGAGGACCAGAUCAUCCUAUUGAAAGGUUGCUGUAUGGAGAUCAUGUCGCUUCGCGCCGCCGUGCGCUACGACCCAGAGAGCGAGACGCUUACCCUGAGCGGCGAGAUGGCGGUGAAGAGGGAGCAGCUGAAGAAUGGCGGGCUGGGCGUGGUGUCGGACGCCAUCUUUGAUUUGGGCAAGAGUCUGGCGCAGUUUAACCUGGACGACUCGGAGGUGGCCCUGCUGCAGGCUGUGCUCCUCAUGAGCUCAGAUCGCUCUGGCCUGACAUCGGUAGUUAAGAUCGAGAAGUGCCAGGAGACGUACCUGCUUGCCUUCGAGCACUACAUCAACCACCGCAAGCACAACAUUCCCCACUUCUGGCCCAAGCUGCUGAUGAAGGUGACGGACCUGAGGAUGAUCGGGGCGUGCCACGCCAGCCGCUUCCUCCACAUGAAGGUAGAGUGUCCCAACGAACUCUUCCCUCCGCUCUUCCUUGAGGUCUUCGAGGACCAGGAAGUAUGAACUGACCCCUGACUUUUGACCUGGAAGAGAUAGAAGAGAGAGGGGGGAAAGUAAAGGAGUAACAAUUGGCCUCUUUCCUCAUUUUGUGAAACACAAUAUCACCACCAGCAACACCGAUAGUCACCAAGAAAAAAGUCACAGAGAAAAACAAAAAGGCUUUCUUUUGCAUAGCUGUUUUGGUGAUUUGCACUUGGGGCUCUUGUGGCUGCUGGGCCCCACUUUGAGUAUGGGGGUGGAGCCCCCCUCUAAAGUGGGGUUCUCUGGCUGUGGGGCCUCUCUCUGAGUUGGGGUUCUCUGGCUGCGCCCCCCCCCCCCCCCCCCCCCC